CCGGACCCCACACAUAUUCCUACUCUUGACCGGACCUGUCCUUGACCUGCCCCCGGACCCUGGGACCGGGACCGGUACCGGACUGGACCCCGUCAACACUGGUUUAAGCAAGUUGCACUCCUACUACAUACUACUUAGUACUCUCUCAUCCACAGCGCUUUCCUCAAUUUUUUGCAUCAUCCUCGUUGCAGAAGCAAGCCUUACUCAUAAUCUCCUUGCUUUUGCUUUCUCAACGCUCCAUCGUAAUAAUGGACAUCGUCAUCCGUACAUCGCAGAAUCCAUCGUUCGGGCGCUUGUGAUGUCCAAAACACUUCGCAUUACACCCUUCUUGUCGUUCGAAGGCGGCGGCGCUGAAUGGAUACGAACGCGUCCACGUAAUUUAUUGUCUGCGCGGGGAUCACACAUAGGCGCUCUACAGAGUACAUGAACUCGAUGAACAGGGAAGGCUGGGGCAGUCAACCAUGCGCACAUCUACAAAACGGUCUCCCAAGUCCCUUGCCCCAUCUGCUCCGUCUGCCCAGCCAAUCGACGAUGUCGGCGCUGAGUGUUCUUCGGGCGAAUCUGUGUCCGUGCAUGAACCCAACACUGGGAUGGUCGGCGUUGGACUCUCUGACCCAGGGAUCGCGAAAGCCCGCCGGCAGAUGCUCGAUUUGGUUAACCGCAUGAAGAACACUGGUGUCCAAAACGAUAUCGACCUGCCACAGAUCGCCGUUAUUGGGAACCAGAGCGCGGGCAAAUCAUCUCUCAUCGAGUCCAUUUCUGGUAUCACUCUCCCGCGUGCUGCAGGGACUUGCACUCGUUGUCCCACUGAAAUCCGUCUAUCGCAUGCAGACGAUAGCAUUUGGGGCUGCAUUGUCGAAUUGCGCGUAAUCACCGACAAGAAUGGACAGCCGCUCGGUCAAGCCCGCAACGAGCGGUUUGGCGAACCCAUCACCGACAGGGCCGACGUCGAAGAUCGAAUCAGACGCGCUCAACGUGCCAUCCUGAAUCCAAGCAAGCCCGCUCGUUCAUUCCUGUCCGACGACGAGGAUGAAAAUGAGCCCUCUGAGCUGUCGUUCUCAACCAAUUAUAUCUCGCUACAAAUCACCGGGCCAGACAUUAGUGAUCUGGCGUUUGUCGAUUUGCCUGGCUUGAUUGCUAGCGUCAGUCGAGGUGGUGACAAUCGCGACAUCAAGAUGGUGGAGAACUUGGUCGCAUCGUACAUCUCCAAGCCCAGCUGUGUUAUUCUUCUGACUGUGGCCUGUGAAACCGAUUUUGAAAACCAGGGUGCCCAUAACCUGACGAAGCAAUACGAUCCACUGGGCAAACGAACCAUCGGCGUGCUCACAAAACCCGAUCGUAUCCCGUCAGGCGAGGAAAGCAACUGGAUCCCUUUCAUUCGUAACGAACAGGAGACGCUUGAGAACAACUGGUAUUGUGUCAAGCAGCCAAGUUCUCAGGACAUCAAGCUCGGUAUCACCUGGCAGAAUGCCCGUUCCGCGGAAAACGAUUUUUUCUCUUUCACCUCGCCGUGGUCCGAACUUGACCAGAUGUACCAGAAGUACCUGCGCACCACCAAUCUAGUAGAUCGCCUCAGCUCGAUUCUAUCCGAUUUGAUCUCUAAACGUCUGCCCGAGAUCCAGGUGGAGUUGGAGAAGACUAUCCAGAAAACGCUUGCUACCCUGCAACAACUUCCGAAACCGCCCUCUCCUGAUCCGAUCGGGGAGGUCGCGGGAAUGAUGCACUCGCUCGUGGACGAAAUCAAUCGUGUCAUUGACGGGGUUCCCACUGCCGACAGGCUGUUGCAAGUCAUUCGUCCCGCACAAGAAAGCUUCCGCUCUCAAAUUCGCGCAACUGCACCUGACUUCCGGCCUUUCGAGAGCGGUUCUCCUGUCAUAGAAGACUUUCACGAGCCUCAGUUUUUGACAAAUGAGGAUGGUCAGUCAUCUGGCAUGACAACCUUGGUUGCCGGCAGAGAAAAACCCAUCUUCAUUGACGAAGUCAUGCAACGUGCCACGGCCGCACGGACUCGUGAACUGCCUGGUCACCAUCCGUUUGUUGUCCAGACCUCGUUCAUCUCUGAAGUGACCCAAAAAUGGGCCUUACCAGCUCAAGUUCUCUGCAGAAUGGUUCACUCCGCCCUUUCGCAGCAUAUCAGGGAUGUCAUCUCAAAGCAGUUGGGCUCAUUCGGACAAGGCGCACUGGAGCAACGAGUCACGCAAGUUGCCAGCUGCAGGAUCUUGACCCCAAUGCUGACUUUCCACAGAUUGCUCAUGCAGGAACACCUUCGCCGAUGCUCUGAAAAUGCCCAGAAUCUUAUCGCGAAGCUCAUUUCCCUGGAGCAGAGCGGCUCCUUGACGCUGAAUGAGCAUUAUCUUGCCGAUUACAGGUCCAAAUUCCUUUCAUUCUACAAGCAAACACGCCAGAACAGCAAGAAUCCCGGUCUCGCUCGCAAUAUUCAGAGUUACAAGUCGGUUUCAUGGGGUGAAGAGACCGAUAUCUCCACGGCUUUGAGCAACUUGGCUGCGGUUGGACUGCAAGGUGUAAAGGCGGAGGAUCUCGUGAAGCUGCUUCCUCCUGAUCGGAUGGAUGCAGCACUUGAAAUUAUGUCGGACGUGCGAGCCUAUUUCCAGGUUGCUUACAAACGCAUCACGGAUAACGUUCCACUCGCGAUCGACUAUGAGCUCAUCCGUGCUGUCGGUCGCGACCUGUUGCCCACCCUCUACAGCGGGCUCGGCAUCAACGGCCCGGAGGGUCUUCGGAUCUGCCGUGAGCUUGCUCAAGAGAGUCCGAGCGUAGCUGGAAAGAGAGAAGAGCUGAACAAGAGGCUGGAAAGACUGGAAGGUGCUAGUCGGGAAUUGAUUAGGAGGCCGGCCAUGGUUCCCCGCGUCUUUGCUGUCUGUGCUGCGUUAGCGCUGGCCUCGUUCACUUCCGCUUCCGAGACGCAAUAUCCUUUCCACGCCAUAGACAAUCAGCGCAGCACGUGGGACUUUGAUGUUGAACCCAAUCCGAAUGCAACUGGCCAGCUUGUCUUCGAUACUGUGAGCUCGUUUCUUCAACAUUGGCCAAAUACGCGGUACCGAAACGGACAUAAUGUUGUUCCUGGCAUUGUACCUAUCGGAACGCUUCUCUAUCAUGGCCGCGCAGACUCCAAUCUACCGACAGUGCCCGAAUGGACCGCGACAGAUCCGGAGCACUCUUACUUAUUCUGUUGGGGCUCCUCUGAGGCUGGCUGCUGGCAUCUUACAUUGGUCGCCACAAGACCUCUGAGGGUUUUAUACUUUGACGGGUCCAGCGCUGCUAAGAUGCCGAACGGCCCCAUGGAUUCUCAGGAUGUCAUUUCGUGGGGCAAAGUGAUACCAGAGCGAUACAACGAGGAACGGGUUCGCAUCGUCGAUCUUUGCAGCUGGGGAAAGGAUCUUGGGAUUGAUGGAUUUCUGCGCAUGGAAAUGGAUUUCGAGAUCAUGUUAUGCGACUUCACGGCUGGCGUGGAUGUGCUGUCCAUGAGCAAUCUCGCCAGCCCAAGACGCGCUCCUCCGCGGGAACGCGACGACGAUCGCUUCGGUGUCCAAGAUAGUGUGGACGUCAUCCAAUCUGGCUCCUGGCACAACCGGUAUCCUGGUGACAGACGAGUUCAACUGGAUCUAUCCAGGCUCGUAUCUUUCUAUGACACAGGUCUGGUUCCUAGCUUGGUGGCGGUCCGGUUCAACAGGACUAGAUGGGACCAUCGGCUGCUCGGCAUCAGCGACAGCGAUACUGCUGCUGUCCACCAGCGCCUCAUAGAGGCCUACGAUUCUUCAAUGAUCACUCAAGGAAGCGGCAUCGACUGGGAUACUCUCUUCAAAGUCGUCGUGGACCGAUAUGCGGAACGUUUAGAACUCGUGCAAUACGUGCUCUCCAACUCGACUAGGGGUGCCCUUGCGACUGCAAAGCGUGCUACGGGACUCUUCAAUGUUAUGCUGGCCCCGUAUCUAAUACAUUCGGCGAAACCGGGCAGCAGAGUGGAUGCAUCCAAAGCAUGGGCGUCUCCCAUCUUUGAAUUCUGUGCCACCUCGCACACAUCCUACAUACGAAACAGCGCCCGCUUGUACGGCUCACUGACGGCGGCCGAGCGACUGUUGCUCGACUCGGCGGAGGAAGUAAACCACGAGAUCUGCCGGGUGGUCGUCGGCCUUUGGGCAGACGGCGUCGUUGCCGGUUUGGAUGACAUGUAUCCUGCAGACUCGGGCUUCAGGCCCGUUGACGAGGCAGUGCUUGUCGAACGCUGGCGUACAAAGAUCGCUGCACUGAUCACUUGGCUGGACUGGAGUGUGUGGGUCAAAUGUAAGCCAGCAUGCAGCUUUGAGGAAUUCUGCUAUCUUCCGACUUGGCCCUACUUUAAUCGCCGAGCUGAUCCACGACCGCAAUCGCCUCCUCCUAGGCCACCUUGGCCCCCCGUUUAUGAUGACGACAUCCUCCAUCCACAACCCAGAUGUCUGCGCCGCUUGGAGCCAUAUGUCUUUUAGAUUUCCGACGCACCGUGCCACGCGAUCCUGUCGCAAUUUCCUGUUUACAACCUGACUGUGGAUGCUAGAAUUCCGCAUUUAUAACGUGAGAACUUAUAUGUACAGAAUGUCUUUUAGGCCCAGCCGACGAUGAAUAUGAAGAGAACAGGAAAAAUAGAUAAGCCAGUUCCUGCCAAAGACCGUGCUCACAACCUCAGGAUAUUAUCUCCGAUGAGAUGAUAAAAUUAAGGAAUGCUACAUACACGGAGUGGUCCGACGCUACGGUUGCCACAGAUCAGGCGAACCGAACGAACUCGAGUCUGGAAGCCGACAAUAAUCUUACCUAUCGUGCGGACUGCCCCUUCCAUGUCACCGAUCUGGGAACACUGUGGAAGCCGGCCAUCCCCCGGCCAGCAUCCGCAGCCCGACGUUCGGAAACCAAAGCAAAAGUUUCGCCUGAAGAUAAGAAGACAAGAGGGCGAGAAGAACCGAGGAGUGCACUUGGGGGCGCUUCCAAAUGAAGCAUGGCCAUCUCGUAUUCAGAGGAUUGCCGGUGUCAUAGUAAGAGCUUAACCAGCAGCACAAGAAAACACUUGGCUUCACGAUAGACAGCGAACCUCUAAUCCGACAGAUUCGAACGGAAGCGAAAGGUCCGGAAAAGGGACCGAGGCUGGGGGCCACCUGCUCAUUACAUGGCAGUGUGACAGAAGACAUCAGCUUUCGCAUAUCACGCAGUCUGUCACGGUGAACGUCGUCCCAUUGCAGACGCACCACACCUGCACUUGUGGUUGACGUUUUUCCCCUACAUACUUCUUUCUUCUACUACCUACGAAAGGGAGGACAUCCGACUACCGAAAGAUGUCUUCUACGACCACGACGCUCACUGGAGCACCGUCCGUCGUGGGUUCUAGAUCCCUCAGUGGUACCUCGCGAACAUCUACUUUCACUACCCCAAUGGCUUCCCUCUCAUCCUCUUCCACCUCUGCAUCUGCGUAUGCGUCCACCCACGCUGCCCGCGUCCGCUUUGACGCCGAAUGCGUUCUCAUCCCCGAACAAGGCCCAUCAUCAAACUCUAGGCGACCUCGGAUCGUCACAAAGAGCUAUGCUCUGCCGUUCUGGAAGAAACCUCGAGAAGAGAGGACUUCCGCUGGUGAAGACGAGCAUCUUGUUAUCAAAGUCGCGCUACCGAGUUUCUCAUCGGGCAAGAAACAUUCUUCGCAUUCAAGAGAACGUGGGGGUCGGAAUAACUCACGGUCUCCGCCAUCUCCAGCCGUUGGGCUACUUUCUUGUUUACGCUCACCGAACACAUCCGUUUCCAUCCAACCCAAUCUACCAUCCCUUGCAGAGCACCCACCCUCUCCGCCGAUUGGGUACGAGAACGACACUCUUUUCGUCCGAGACCAGCCAGCCGUUCAGGAAACGCUCGGUGCUAUCCCCCAUAGUCCACUCAUCUCCCUUUCGACUAUAUUCACCUCACCAAGCACUUCGACUACCAUCUCUGCUGUCAACUCUCCCAACCAGGCCGAACGCAUUCCAUUGCGAGCGUGCUGCCCAGAAUGCGGGCUCCGAGCCGACGUUGUCGACGAAGCAUUCUCACGUGGGGCAAUGCGCAUGCGCAGACGAGCCGCACCAGGCACGUUGCCGAUCGGGGACUCCUUAUUGGAAGCAGCAAGGAGAGGUGGAUAUCUUGACCUGCCAGCUGCGUGUGAAGAUGACCUCGAUGAAGACGCCGGGAAGUUAAUUUCUGGCACGGGGCUAGCAGAGGUGAAUCGUCUCGUAGCGGCUCUGGAAGAGAAGAGAGCCAAGCGCGCUCGAAACGGAAGCAAGUCACCUACUCCGGAUCCGAGUCCAUUAGGCACGCCGUGCGAGGAGAAACAGGAGAUUUCAUUGCUCGGUCCGGCCAUCGGCCGCGUCUCGGCAACUGGGACACCUCGUGUCGGCAGCGGACGAGCCAGCCCUCUCUUGCCGCUGGGGAUCGCUGUCGAUGAAGUUGAUAAGGAAAGACGUCGAGUGAGCCUGGCUUUGGCGGUAGAUCUCGCCAGCGAGGACGAGUAUCCCGGCCCAAGUACCAGGACACCACUGGCGCAGCCGGUCCCCAUCCUGCCCCGCCCACGAGUUAUCGAAGAUGACGCCGACCUAUUUCCUCUUCCCUCAUCGCGUGGAAGCACGCCGAGGACGACACCGGUCCCCAGCCCCGCAGGUAGCGACAUCAGCAUUCAUGUCGUCGCCGACGGGGAGAAGAAGUCUUCGCCACUGUUGUCCGCGGCGUUGACAGCCCAAACUCAUCGUGUGACAGGUAGCACCAACACCGCGUGCGUUGUUCUUGGCGCCACUGGUCGAAGAGAGCGUGAGGCCAGGGACGCGAGCAGACUGCUUGUGCCUGCAACGUGACGCAGAAACCUCUCCCCUUGAUCCCUCCGUUGGCAGCGAGUAUACUUGCAGCCGGCCCUUACUCUCCUGCCUUGCUUCCCAGGCCGGCCCAAUCCCCGUCGUCACACGCGAGGAUCGUAUCGGCCCCUGCAGACGUCCCCGUCACCGACCACCCUCCUAGUUCAUUCCCCAAAAUGAGACCCAGUCCAACGCGUGCGAAAUCGGCUUCGACCUCGUCUGUUUCCCGCCCUGCUCUUCCUCUGAGCGACACCCCACCGAUGCCACACCGACCGGGCCGGCUAGCCCGGACCACAUCAAACAUCCAGGACGUGGUCACAUCAGACGCCUCGUCACGGCGUCCCAAUGCCAUCUCUCGUCAACGCUCGCUCUCGAGCUCGUCAAAAGGCACCUCCGGGAGAAAGGGGGGAUCUGCUUUUGGGACGUUUGUGGAUGUCCUCAAGGGCAUGGGCUCUCCGGGUGUCUCUGUGUAAUAGUAAACCACUUCCAAUCUCCAUCUUUUGCGCAACACUCCGUAGCAUACAUACCAUACCGCUUGUCAUCGCAAACUCAGCGUAGUUUUACUGUAUUUUAUAAGCUAUUUUUUUGGAAUACACAAUCUCGCCCUUCG